AUGAUGCCAAAUCAAGUUUUGGUUGUACAACAACCUUCUCAAAGAGAUCAAGGAAGAAAAGCUCAGUUAAGAAAUAUCCAGGCAGGAAAGACUGUUGCAGAUGUUGUCAGAACCACAUUGGGUCCGAAAGCUAUGUUAAAGAUGCUUUUGGAUCCUUUGGGUGGAAUAGUACUCACAAAUGAUGGAAACAGCAUUUUGAGAGAGGUUGAUGUUGCUCAUCCCGGAGCAAAGUCUAUAAUUGAACUAUCAAGGGCGAUAGAUGAAGAAGUAGGAGAUGGAACAACAAGUGUUGUUGUUUUAGCAGGAGAGUUUUUGGCAUGCGCAGAACCUCUCUUACAAAAGAACAUACAUCCAACUGUUAUAGCAAAGGGUUAUUUAAGAGCAUUAGAUGAUUCCAUAAAAUAUAUGGAAGAGAUGAGCGUCAAAUUGGACGUAAACAACAGAGAGUCUCUUGUCAGUGUAGUUGAUUCUUGUUUAAAGACUAAAUUCUCAGGAAGAUGGGGAAAUUUAAUUAGUUCUAUGGCAUUAAAGGCGGCAGAGAUUGUCUCAAUUGUCAAUAAAGACUCACCAAAGGAAAUUGAUAUUAAGAGAUAUGUAAGGAUUGAAAAAAUUCCAGGAGGUGAAAUCGAAGACAGUUAUGUUUUAGAUGGUGUGAUCGUAAACAAAGAUGUAGUUCAUCCUCGUAUGAAAAGAUUGAUCAUUAAUCCAAAGGUUUUAUUAUUAGACUGUACACUUGAGUACAAAAAAGGGGAAAGUCAGACAAAUGUAGAAAUCACUAAGGAGUCUGACUGGGAAGCUCUAUUAAGACAAGAAGAAGAAGAAGUUGAAGCUAUGUGUAACGAUAUCAUUGCAACUGGUUGUGAUGUUGUGUUUACAGAAAAAGGUGUUUCUGACCUUGCUCAACAUUUCCUUGUUAAAGCUGGGAUUUCUGUAAUUAGAAGGGUUCGAAAGAGCGAUAAUAAUAGGAUUGCUAGAGUUACUGGAGCUACUAUUGCUAGCAGAACUGAAGAGCUCACACAGAAUGACGUUGGUACUUGCUGUGGAAGAUUUGAGGUAAAGAAGAUUGGAGAUGAAUAUUUCUGUUUCCUAACUGAGUCAAAGAAUCCAAAAGCAUGCUCAAUCCUUUUAAGAGGAGGAUCCAAGGACGUCCUAAAUGAGCUUGAAAGAAAUCUACACGAUGCUCUUGCAGUUGCUAGAAAUAUCCUUCUUGAUCCAGCUUUACUCCCCGGAGGAGGUGGCACUGAAAUGGCCAUUUCUUGUUAUUUAAAUGAAAAAUCGUUUUCUAUUGAUGAUACCCAAGUAUGGGCCUACAAAGCUUUCGCCCAAGCUCUGGAAAUUAUACCAAAAACUCUAGCUCAAAAUUGCGGAGCAAAUGUAAUGAAAACCCUGACCUUAUUAAGAUCUCACUAUCUACCUUCAUCACCAUCCAAGGGACAAAAGCCAGUUCAUGGUAUUAAUGGAUGCACUGGCGCCAUUACAGAUGUUACUGAACUCGGUAUUUGGGAUACACUUGCCGUUAAACAACAAGUCUAUAAGACUGCUGUAGAAGCCACUCUUAUGCUCCUUAGAAUAGACGAUGUUCUCAGCUCUGUGUCUAAGAAAAGAGAUCCAGUCCAAAACAAUGUUGAACAAAAUCCAAACAUGGAGUCAUUUGGUGACUCUAGGGACGGUUAA